CUGCCGAUAUCUGCGGCCAUUCGCGAACUUCAUUUUCCUCGCCUGUCAUGUCGUGGUAAUAUAAUGGCAUUCGUUCGUUCUUAUCUGCUGGUUAGAUUCAAAAAUUCCGUGCUAACGCAAAGGUUCUCCUCAUCAAUGUCCGAUAAAAGAGGUCUCGUGCUUGGCGUGUAUUCCACCGACGACGGUAAGGACGAUGUAAAGUUCACUAAGUUCGCCCAAAAGUACAACGAAUCGACGGCUGGGAAACUCCUGGAGCAGAUCAAAAUCUCGACUGUUAUGUUGUAAAAAAGAGCAAAUAGCAAACUAACACAAAAGAGUACUGUAUGAGAAGAGAAAAGGAGGAAGAUAUAAGAAAAAGACAUACUCGGGAUAAAAAUACCCGCAAUUGAGAGGAAAACUAUUUCGGAAGCAGGAAGCAGCAAAAAAAGGAGCGAAAAUUGGCAUCGAAAUGACAACCCGUAGGCAGCUGUCGGAUGUGCAGUCCUCGUCUUCCAGUGGCGGUGGAGGCGGAACAAUGUCUGGUGGGACAGGAGGUGGAGGCGGAGGAUGUCUGAGCGACUCGAUGAUAUCCUCCUCUGGCAAGAAACGAAUGACUGCCAUGAAUGGGAUUCCCUCCAGCAUCGAUGAUAAGAGCAACGACUUUCUGUGUCCGAUUUGUUUCGAUAUCAUCACCGAGGCACAUAUCACCAAAUGUGGUCACACGUUUUGCCACCAGUGCAUAGUCAAGUCGAUAGAGAUGACCAAAAAGUGUCCUAAAUGCAACUUCACCCUUCCCUCCCAUGAAUCCAUUGUGCCGAAUUAUUUGCUCAACGAUUUGAUCACUAAGUUUAAGUUGAAAGGAAAGCGAACCGAUUCCAGCAAUACUCAGUCGGGUGAUUCUGCGGAUACCCUGAAGAACUUCCUAGCAUCCGAAUCGAAAAAGCUGUCCCUGUCGGACGUCAACGUAAUGCUGGAGAUUUUAAAUCAACGGAAAAUACUGCUGGAAGCGGAAUCAUGUGCUGCUCAAAAUCGACUUCUGCACGAGUUUCUAAAGCAUUUGCUGCAACAGAAAGAACAGCAACAGCUGCAGGUGGCAAAUGAGAUUGCCCUGAUCAAAAAUGACCUCACGGAUGUGGAGAAGAUCCUGAAAGAGGUUCAAAGCAGUUGUCCGACGGUGGAAGAGGUUGAAAACAGCGUGAAGGAUGAGAAAGAUGAACACGUGGUGGCCAUCAAGAAAGAAAUCAUCCAAAUUAUCGACAAAAUCGACACAAUAACCGUCCCAUCCAAUCGGAGCGAGUCUUCCGCAGAAGGUUUCAAUUUGUACAAAAAUGACCCAAGCUCAUCAUCGUUUAUGGCCCGGAAGCAACGAAUGUAUCAACAUUUCGACGACUUUGUGCAAUGUUACUUUGCGGCGCGCAGUGAAGAGCUGUAUUUUGGAAAGGAUCGAUCGUUCAGCUCAGGAUCGCUAGGCACAUCCACGCCUACACGAUCAAUCGAUACGACCAGAUCUACUCGAUCAUUGGACACGUUUCGGGAAAAUCUCAUCAAAUUCUCAAAGUACAGCGCGUUACGGCCGUUGGCCACACUGAACUAUUCCUGUGAAACGAGUUACGCAUCUACGAUUGUUUCCAGCAUAGAGUUCGACAAAGACAGCGAGUACUUCGCGAUUGCCGGCGUAACGAAGCGGAUAAAAAUCUUCGACUAUUACUCCGCUAUUCGAGACGCUGCGGUGGACAUCAACUAUCCCAUCAACGAGAUGGUGUGUAGCAGUAAAAUCUCCUGUGUGAUAUGGAACAACUACUUCAAAGAGGUCCUGGCAUCCAGCGACUACGAAGGACUGGUGUCCGUUUGGGAUGUCAGCACCAAGACGAGGACCAAAGCUUACGAAGAGCAUGACAAACGCGUUUGGUGUGUUGAUUUCAACGAAGUGGACACCCGAUUACUUGCCUCAGGAUCGGACGAUGCGCGGGUUAAACUGUGGUCUCUCAAUGUGGAUCACUCCGUGGCCACCAUCGAAGCCCGAGCGAACGUGUGCUGUGUCAAGUUCAAUCCGAAAAGUUCGUGCCACUUGGCGUUCGGUUCAGCGGACCACUGCGUGCACUAUUACGACCUGCGGAACAUCAAGGAACCGUUGUGCGUGUUUAAGGGGCACAAAAAGGCCGUAUCAUAUGUGAAAUUCCUCAACACGACGGAAAUCGUCUCGGCGGGAACUGACGGUCAGUUGAAGCUGUGGAACAUCAACUCGCCUCCCUACUGCUUGCGGUCCUUCACCGGUCACAUAAACGAGAAAAACUUUGCCGGGUUGGCGACCAACAAUGACUACCUGGCGUGCGGCAGUGAGGACAAUUCGCUUUGCGUGUACUACAAGGGGCUGUCCAAGCAGUUGUUCAAUCUGAAGUUCUCAUCCAGCAACAGCGCAACCCGAUCCAUCUCAGACACCGAACGGAACACCGAAGGCAAUGAAUUCGUGUCGGCUGUCUGCUGGCGCAAACAAAGCAAUAUCAUCAUCGCGGGCAACAGCGAAGGAAUUAUCAAGAUUCUGGAGAUUGUGUAAAAUAGGUGUAGCACAUAGAACAGGAAGCACAUUGCCGACCCUAUUGUUCAAGUUUACAACACGCGUUAAUUUGUUGUUCUUUUCUUUUAAGCACACACAUCACUAGGGUGUGUCACAUCUGCGUUGGCUUUCUAUAAAAUAAGUCCAUAAGGGGCCAGCGGUUAUAUAGUUUUGUAUAAAUUGGUAAAUGACUAUUAAACAAUCGUUUGACGAAAUAGGAUGUUAACAAUGCUAGUAAAAACUUCUAUUGGUGUACAAUAUUAACAUUUUUAUUUGCCUAAUACAAUUUGAUUUGUCGUCUUUUCAUAA